CGAAACACUCGUCAGUCGUCACGUCAGGUCCACGAAGCAAACGAAGACAAUGAGUGGGUUGGCGAAAGUGUGAAGAAAACAAAAGGCGGCUUCGCAGGUUUGCGGUUGUGUUGAGCGGAUCAGCUCAAGUUGGCUCUCGCAUUUCUCCUCGGAUUUGCGGUUUUGUUGAGCGGAGUGCGGAAUGGGGGGCGGAUCCGGAUCUUUCCUCAAGGUCUUGGUGAAUAACUUGGAUGUUCUUGUCGGGCCUGUAGUUUCACUUGCUUAUCCUCUAUAUGCCUCUGUUAGAGCAAUCGAAACAAAAUCUGCUGUAGACGAUCAGCAAUGGCUCACAUACUGGGUGUUGUACUCAUUUAUCACUCUAUUUGAGCUCACCUUUGCUCCAAUACUCGAAUGGCUCCCUUUCUGGUCUUAUGCAAAACUGUUUUUCAAUUGCUGGUUGGUAUUGCCACAAUUCAAUGGCGCUGCACAUGUGUAUGAGAACUUUGUCAGGCCAAUGAUUGUGAAUCAGCAAGUUGUAAACAUCUGGUAUAUUCCAAAGAAGGAUGAUUCAGGUAGGCCUGAUGAUGUAAUUUCAGCUGCACAGAGAUACAUUGAGCAAAAUGGAUCAAAAGCAUUUGAGAAUCUUGUUAACAAGUUUAAGAGUUCAAACACAAGACGCUCAAUACUGGAGGAGGUAGAAGUUGAAAGGAGAGCCAGGGCUGAACGAGAAUCUGAAGCAAGGGACGUGAAUCCUUUCUUCAAUCAAGAUUUCCGACACUAGGCAACCCUUUCGUUUUCACUCUCCAGGAACUUGAGGGAAGAUGUCAACUUUAGGAUUGCAUAUUGCACCUGCUGAAUCAGUAAUAUUAUGUAGCUGCACAACAAUGAAUUGUUUGUAAAUGUCUAGGUUUGAAACUCCUGUUCAUGUCAUGGAUCUUUCAUGUUACUGAAGAUUAAGUAUCUAUGCUGCUGAACUGUAGAUCGUGUUUCGUGGUCGCAUGUAGGUUUGUUUAUGAUCUAGGAAAAACUGAAAAGGUUGGUUUUUAUUCGACUC